AUGAGCAACAACGAGGAUGCCGCCGUCAGCGAUCUCUGUCGCAAGAUAGAGCGUGAAAAGACGCUGAUCGCCGGCUUCAACUCGAUGCGACAGGCUACCAACAACAGCCAAGUCAACUCACGUAUCGACUCGCAGGUCCGCGAUGCUCAAAGGAACCUCAAGUACUUUGAGAAGACGCUGCAGGACUUGCAGUCCCGCAAGCUGGGCGACCACAUGUCCAACAUGAACCUCUCCAACGACUCCGGCCCGCCGCCGCCCUCGCACCAAGACGAUCAACAAGACCCCGGCAGCUACGGGACUCCCGGUCCGGGCGGAUACAGUCAAGGUGGUGGCAAUGGUCUGAUGCCUCCUCGCGCUCCCUACGCCCCGCCAGCGCCCGGCCAGGGUGGUCUCAAGAACAGACCCAACUACAGCAGAUUGGACCUCAUCAAGGCCGAAACACCCCAUCUCGGCCCACGCAUUCAGCUCAUGCUGUCACAACUCGAGUUCAAGCUCAGUGUCGAGAAACAGUACAAGGAUGGUAUCGAGAAGAUGGUGCGCUUGUACCAGCUCGAGGGAGACCGUAAGAGUAGGGCAGAAGCAGAAGGGCGUCGCAUCGAGAGUAGCCAGAAGAUCCACCUUCUCAAGCAGGCUCUGAAGCGCCACGAAGACUUGCACGUCGCGGAUAUCAGCACCGACAUGCAAGACGACGACAGCUUGAACAUACCCAGUCAGCGCAAACCCCUCAGCGGAUACCUCUCCAUCCGGAUCCAGGCCAUUGCCGACGUCGACCAUGCCGCGACUGGUAGAUUCUCGCGCGGACCAGAGACAUUUGUCAUCCUCAAGGUCGAGGACAGCUUCAAGGGUCGUACAAAGGCCACACGCACAGAUCGCUGGACCGACGAGCAACACGACUUUGACAUUGACAAGGCCAACGAGAUUGAGUUGACCGUCUAUGACAAGGCAGGCGAGCACCCCAUGCCCAUCGGUAUGCUGUGGGUGCGCAUCUCGGACAUUGCAGAGGAGAUGCGUCGCAAGCGUAUUGAGACCGAAGUUAAGAACUCUGGCUGGAUUUCUGCGGACCACAUGGGCGACUCAGGCCCACGUCCCGACACGCAGUUCUCUCCUCCUCCGGGAAGCUCUGGCGCUGGCUCGGCACACGCUGGCCAGCAAGGUCCCCCCGGAGGCUUCGGUGGUGGUCCAGCUCCUCUCACCAACCCAGUUGUAAUUGACGAUUGGUUCUCACUCGAGCCUGUUGGCAAGAUCAAGCUCAACUUGAGCUUUGUCAAACAAACACGAGAACGCAGACCAUUCGAUGUCGGCCUUGGGCGUAAAGGCGCUGUUCGUCAGCGCAAGGAAGACGCCGUCGAGCAGUACGGCCACAAGUUUGUUCAGCAGACUUUCUACAAUGUCAUGCGCUGCUCGCUGUGUGGCGACUUCCUCAAGUACACGGCCGGCAUGCAGUGCUCUGACUGCAGAUUGACCUGCCACAAAAAGUGCUACCCGAGCGUCGUCACAAAGUGCAUCAGCAAGUCCAACGCAGAAUCAGAUCCCGAUGAGGAGAAGAUCAACCACCGCAUCCCUCAUCGCUUCGAGGCCUUCUCCAACAUAGGCGCCAACUGGUGCUGUCACUGUGGUUACAUGCUCCCUCUUGGAAGGAAACAAGCUCGCAAGUGUAGCGAGUGUAGUUCCACCUGCCACAAUAACUGCAUCCAUUUUGUUCCAGACUUUUGCGGCAUCUCCAACGAGAAAGCGAAUGAGAUUCUGGGAGAAAUCCGCAGAGCCACCAAGGGCCGCCAGGGUACCAGCAUGUCGGAGCGCAAGCUGCGCCCUGGUACCUCGAACAGUUUGAGGCCUCCUGCUCAGCCCUCUCAGCCUUCCUUCACCCCCUCUCCUUCUCACCAAGACCAGGCUUCAAACCCGCAGGAUAGACCACUCUCCUACGGCAAAGACCGCAUGUCAGAUGCCUACGAUGCUCCACCUCGUACCUCGCAGUACGGCGCUCCGGCCACCUCAGUCGAUGCUGCUCGUGCAUCCUUCGCCGCUCCUCCAUCCCCUCAACAGUCAGAAGCUCGCCCACCUCCCGCUCACCGCCAAUACUCGUCUCAAUCUGCCGCCGCAGCCGCUGCCGCCGCCCUGUCUGGCAAGCGUACAUCUGCCGCAGAGCAACGAAUCCCUCCUUACAACCGCUCCUCUACCGAUUACCAGAAACAGCAACAACAGCAGCAGCAGCAGCAACAGCAACAGCAACAAGCGUCAAGUCAAAGAAGCUCCACUGCGACCACCAGUGGAGAUCAAUACUCUUCACAGCGAAACUCCCAGCCCCAGCCUGCAGGCUACAACCCAGCAGACUAUGCUGCUGUCAGUGGCUUCCCAGUUCAGCCUCUUCAGCAAGCUCCCCAGCAAGCUCAACCUCCACGUCAGCAAUACCCUUCGGCUCCAGCUCAGACCACUCCUACUAUCAACACGCCUGCAUCACCACCAAGCAAGACUGCAACAUCCAUGGGUCCUCCUGCAAGAAAGACUCAAGGUGGUAAUGUUCGUGUUGGUCUCGACCACUUCAACUUCCUUGCUGUCCUCGGCAAGGGUAACUUCGGUAAGGUCAUGCUUGCCGAGACCAAGCAGUCCAAGCAGCUGUAUGCCAUCAAAGUUUUGAAGAAGGAGUUCAUCAUUGAAAACGACGAAGUCGAGAGUACGAGGUCAGAGAAGCGUGUCUUCCUCAUCGCGAACAAAGAGAGGCAUCCUUUCUUGACCAACCUUCAUGCUUGUUUCCAGACUGAGACCAGAAUCUACUUCGUCAUGGAAUACGUUAGUGGUGGUGACUUGAUGUUGCAUAUUCAGCGUGGCCAGUUCGGUACCAAGAGAGCUCAAUUCUAUGCUGCAGAAGUGUGUUUGGCGUUGAAGUACUUCCACGAGAACGGUGUCAUCUACCGUGAUUUGAAGCUGGACAACAUCCUCCUAACGUUGGAUGGACACAUCAAAAUCGCUGAUUAUGGUCUCUGUAAGGAAGACAUGUGGUACGGCAGCACAACCAGCACGUUCUGCGGUACUCCCGAGUUCAUGGCGCCCGAGAUUCUUCUAGACAAGAAGUAUGGCCGUGCUGUCGAUUGGUGGGCCUUCGGUGUCCUCAUCUACCAAAUGCUUCUCCAACAAUCGCCAUUCCGCGGUGAGGAUGAAGACGAGAUCUACGACGCUAUUCUGGCAGACGAGCCUCUCUACCCUAUCCACAUGCCGCGCGACUCGGUAUCAAUCCUGCAGAAGCUUCUUACACGUGAGCCCGAGCUCCGUCUGGGUAGUGGACCUACCGAUGCUCAGGAGAUCAUGAGCCACCCAUUCUUCAAGAACAUCAACUGGGAGGAUAUCUACCACAAGCGCGUACCUCCACCUUUCUUGCCUACCAUUAAGGGCAAGGCUGAUACCAGCAACUUCGACACCGAGUUCACGAGCGUUACACCAGUUCUUACACCUGUACAGUCAGUGUUGACUCAAGGCAUGCAAGAAGAGUUCAGAGGAUUCUCAUACACGGCCGAUUUCGUUUGA